AUGGAUUCCCUUACUGAUUUAACUCUCCGAAAUUGCCCUGGCGCACUCAUCCUGCUGCAGUAUCUAUCACGAUCUGGCGUGGUCAUGGCUCUCAAGAGCUUUGAAUUUCGUUACCAGUAUGGCGCCCACGAUGACGGCUAUUUCGACGACGAUGAAGUCCUGUUCGACUUCCUGUCGUCGUUCAUCGGCCUGCAAAGCCUUGAAACUUCCGCGGGGGUUGAAGAGAUGGAUUUGGAAGACAUGGGCUGUGUGAGGGCACCUGCGGUCGGAGAGAGUGUCAUUGAUGCGAAGUUCCCAGGCGGUGAACUCAAUGCCGGCAAAUACAAUCCAUUCUCUCAACUUGACCUGGAAUGUCUUGGACUUGCGUGUCUUCCACAACUUUUGAACCCCUUCUUGCAGCCUUUGGCCCAGUCUACCAACUUGAAGAUCCUACACGUGAGGCAGUCUGGUCCAGAUAUCAGUCGCCGUGGAUCCUGGGGCAUUACUCGAUUUCGGCCGGAAGACAGAAAGAAGGUGGAGGGGCACCUCAAAGCUCUUGCACGGCUUCCCGGAAGCGAACGAAACUCCCGGAACCACAAACACUUCUUGCUGAUCCCUACGGUCUCGAGCAAGUCUCUUAGGCCCAUGGACAUCGAGAUGGCCAGGCCCGCCGAAUGGGCGUUCGGAGAGCAUGGCAUCAAGUCUUUGAAAUUUCUGGUCUUUGGUGAUUUCUCUUGUCAGGGCCGCUUCGCGGAUGAUACCUUCAUGCUUCGCAGGAACGAUGACCGGGCAGUAGCAGGACCUCGGGCUUGGAGAUAUUACGACCCGAGAUGGUUGGAGGGCAGAGUGCCGGACCUUGAGAACCUGCUGGAUGAGCAUGCUGACUUCCGGGAAGCCUGUCCCGCGGCAAAGCUGUUUGAGAGUGUGUACUAG